UGUGUGGCCGCUUUUGUUGACUUCAAACGGGAACUUUUCGCUGUACACCUUUUAAAAAACUCUUUUAACCAGUUUUUACACAUGUGGCAGCAUUUAUUAGUCGCCAGACAGCCAUGUUUCGGUUACUGUGUUUAUCACGGGGUCUCAUUUGCGCAAAAUGUAGUGCGCAGAAAUCCGAGCCAUUUGUGUCUUUGUUGAAAUCUAGAGUGAAGUACAGAGAUCAUCUGAUGAGAAGAUUCAUUUCCACACAGAGAAGAACUGUCUUCACAUCCUUUAAGAACAGAUUGACAUCCUUAUGGAUAUUCGGCAUCGGGACGGGGUUUGUUCUGGCUUUGGGGUUGAAAUAUCGUGAUUCUGUGUCUGAACACUGUGAAUGUGAUGUACGGAAAACAAACAGAACUGAAACUGUCUCAAAGUACAGAUCUGCUAUAGAGAUCAGCAGAGACCUGCUACAGCGGAUAAAGGUACAGGAUGAAGUUGGGGCCCCAGGAAUGGUUGUUGGAGUCUCUGUGGAUGGCAACCAAGUUUGGUGUGAAGGGAUUGGUUAUGCAGAUCUGGAGAACAGAGUGCCUUGUAGUCCCGACACAGUGAUGAGAAUCGCCAGCAUCAGUAAACCUCUGACCACAGCGGCCGUUGCUCGACUCUGGGAGGAUGGCAAGAUAGAUCUAGAUGCCCCUGUGCAAAAAUACGUCCCUGAGUUCCCAGAGAAGCAAUUUGAGGGAGAGAAUGUCACAAUAACACCUCGAAUGCUCCUGUCUCACUUGAGUGGCAUCCGUCACUAUGAAAAAGAUGCCAAGAAAGUAAGAGAGGACAAGGAGAAAGCAAAGCGCCUUUUGAAGCCCCCGGAGAAGAAAGAGGAGGAGAAAGAGGAGAAGAAAAAGGAGGAGAAAGAGGAGAAGAAAGAGGAGAAGGGCUCAGCUAAAAGCAAAGAGGCCAAAACAGGCCAGAGGAAAAAAGAGUUUGAGCUGGAGGAGUUCUACCUCAAAGACAGCUUUGAGAAUGUCAUCCAGGCUUUGGACUUAUUCAAAGAUGAUCCUCUGAUAUUUAAACCCGGUUCUACGUUCCUGUAUUCCACAUUUGCCUUCACGCUGCUUAGUGCUGUCGUGGAGAGAGCAGCAGGUCAUCGCUUUCUCGACCACAUGAUGAAGAUGUUUCGUGAUCUGGGCAUGUCCAACACCGUGCCGGAUGAGAACGACCCAAUCAUUUACAACCGCUCAAGAUUCUACCACUUCAAUAAAAAGGGCCGUAUCGUAAAUUGCCCCUAUGUGGACAAUUCAUACAAAUGGGCUGGUGGUGGAUUUCUGUCAACUGUGGGGGAUCUUCUAGUCUUCGGUAAUGCUCUGCUCUACAGUUAUCAAAUGGCCCACCUGAAGAGCACAGAUGGGCUUCUCCCAGGCUUCCUCAAACCCCACACGGCCAAAGCCAUGUGGGCACCGGUGGACAAAACAGAAGCAUCUUGGGACAAAGACGGAAUGUAUGCCCAGGGCUGGCUGGUUGUGGAGAAACAGCAGAAAUACGGCCAGUGCCGUAACCGGCGGCAUUACGUCUCGCACACAGGGGGCGCUGUGGGGGCUAGUAGCGUGCUGCUGGUGUUACCCAGAGAGAGCGCACAGGUCACGGAUCAGAAGCUGACCCCUCCACAGGGUUUGGUGGUGACCAUCAUUACUAACAUGCAGUCGGUGGGACUGAAUGCCACUGCGCUGAAGAUCGCCCAGGAAUUUGACAAAGCCAGGGAUGAAUAAAUUGCAUUUAAUUGAUGGUUGAUAAGCACAUGCACUGCAAUAUUCAUUUUUAGCCAUUUCAGGAGAUUUCUGUGUCAAACAUUAGGGCGUCCUUAUACUGUGGUCUGACCUGCCAAAUUACGCCUUGGUUUUAAUUGCACCGUUGUGCCAAAUAAUAAAACUUUUGUACAUGUAUGAUCUGUCUUAUAUGUUGUAUGAAUAAAACUAUUUUAUGGAAACAUUAA